UGAAUCCAAUCUGAAUGAUAAAAUCACUCGUGUCAAUAAGACAGGAUAUGCGAUGGAAGCUCUGGUCCCGUGACAUGCCCUCACUCCGACUCAAAGUGGGGUUCGGCCUUAGACUUCCUACAUCCACGGGACAGAUACUCAGACUUCAACAUCGCAUCCCACACAACAAAGAAACCAAACCCGACGUACCAAAUGGACCACCUCUUCCAAAAAGCCCUCCAGCAAGCCGCGGCCCUCAAGAAACAACCCGACUCCGUCCCCUGGAGUCUAGAUGUCCCAUGGCCUCAGGCAUACUAUUCCUGGUCCGACGGAUCCAAACAAUGGCACGCCUCAGAGCCUAGAAUCUCCUCUGUCAAUUCCAGGGAUAUUACCAGUCUAGCCCUCUACAGCUGGAACAUCGACUUCAUGCUCCCGUUUCCAGAACUCAGAAUGACCACCGCCUUAUCUCAUCUGCAGCAUCUCACGAACCAGACAUCAGACCCAGAAAACACAGCAACCAUAAUCCAGCUGCAAGAAUGUCUAGCCUCCGACCUCCUCACCAUCAGCCAGAACCCCUGGAUCCGCGAAACAUUCCACAUGACAGACAUCGACACCUCGAACUGGGGAUCCGGACUCUACGGGACCCUAACACUCGUCGACAAACGCGUAGCCAUCACCUCCUGCUUCCGCGUGCAUUACGCCCAGACCAAAAUGGAACGCGACGCUCUCUUCGUCGAGAUUAACCUCGGCACUGGCUCAGGCAAGAAACUCCGUCUAUGUAACACGCAUCUAGAAUCACUAGCUAUGGAGCCGCCGCUGCGACCGGCUCAGAUGGGGGUGAUUGCGAGGCAGAUGCGUGGAGACGGGAUCAUUGGGGCUGUGGUGAUGGGUGAUUUUAACGCAAUCCAGCCGUCCGAUUUGUCUCUGCAUGCGGAUAAUGGUCUUAAAGAUGCGUAUUUGGAGCUUGGGGGGCAGGAGAAUGCAGACGAGGGGUAUACGUGGGGACAGCAGGCGUUGCCGGAGCAGAGGCAGAAGUUCGGGUGUUCGCGGAUGGAUAAGGCGUUUUAUUGCGGGGGGUUGAAGGUGCGGAGUUUUGAGAGGGUUGGGGCGGGUGUGGUGGUUCCUGAGGAGGAGAGGGAGGCGAGGGAUCGGUUGUUGGGGCUUGGGUUUGAGAGGGCGUGGGUUACGGAUCAUUUGGGGGUGAAGGUGGUGUUUGAUCUGAAGAGUGAGCUUCGUUUGUAGGUGUAGAAUAGAUGUGAAGUGAUCGAGGAUUUCUCCGAGUCGAAAUGGAGCAUGUGUAUCAUCGGUGAUGGUCACAAGUAACAGGAGGUGCAAGGGGAAAGUCUGCCAUAUAGUUCAGAAAGGAGACCGAGA